UGAGACGUCACACGAAUAUGAAUGAUCACAUAUACCUUUUGAUUACGAUAAUUUGGUGGUCAGGUAUAAGUGCAUUAAAGCAACAAUGUACUGCAGUGGACAAACAUUCACUGACAUGUAAUUAUAUUCCAAAAGAUAUUCCAAAUGGAUUCACAACUAUUAGUUUGAUAGAUUUUAUGGGAGAAAACAGAAUAUUUGAACUGAAUAAUUCAUACUUUACAUCUAAAAAAUGGGGACAAGUAAAUACAAUCAAGUUACUGCAAAGUCGAUAUGAACCAAACUUUAACGUGAAUUUUAAGGAUAAAUGUUUUCAUGGAUUGAAAUCACUUCGGGAGUUACAUAUUAAUCUACCACUACAUAUAGAUGUAGAAUCAGAUGUGUUUGUUGGACUUGACAAUCUUAAAUUCUUAGACUUGAGUGACUGUGUACAUUUAAAUCUAUCAAAACUUGUAGCCAGUUUUACAGGGUCAAAUAAACUUCCGAACUUGGAAAUUUUGAAAGCAUCCAAAUUGAAUAUCUACAAUGAAGGAAUUAAAAUUGACACAAAAUUUGCUGAGGGACUUGGUGAUAAAAGAAUAACAUCUUUAGAUUUCAGUGGUGCAUCGGUCACACAAGUAAAUACAACUGCUGGAUUUCAAUUCUUGGAAAAGUUAAGAAAUGUGAAUUUAUCUUAUUGUAAAAUAUCCGACAUAAUUAUAGACAGCAAAACGGAUGUCCGGAAAUUAGAAAGCAUCGGUAUUUUAGAUUUGAGUCAUGCACCAAUAUCUUGGCUAAUCCCAUCUAAAAAAAUAGUUAGCAAAACAUGGUUUCAUUCCGAUUUUCCUAUGAAAUGGAAUUAUUUUCUGUUUCCUAAAAUAGUAAAUUCGAGUUUCUGUAUUCGUGACCAAGGUUUAAUUUGGAUUGUAAAUGGAACAUACAAAGCUGAUUCACCUUUUCUGUGGAAAAGCGAAGAAUUUAUCGUCAAAAAUAAUAAUGUAAAAUAUUUAGACCUCAAAAUGGAAUGUUUCAUUCAUAAGGCUUUUACAAUAAAGCACAUAAAUGCAGCUGGAAACCAAAUGGAAUUUCUCCAUCCUAGUAUAUUUGGAUGUUUCCCUAAUCUUGAAAAGCUUGACUUGUCAAACAACAAGUUACAUAAAAUGGCAAAAGAAAACCAUCUGUUGUUUCAGCAACUGUUCCAAUCACUUUCUCGUCUAAAGAUAAUUAACUUAUCAUUUAAUCGACUUAAAGUUAUACCGGAAAAAAUGUUUACUGAAAAUCGUGGCCUUGAACUGAUAGACUUUUCUCAUAAUGAACUGGAGCAAGUGACCUUCACAUUAAAAUAUCUGUACAAACUGAAGGUUCUUAAUCUUCAAUAUAACAGGAUAAAAAUCUUAAACUCUCUUUCCAUCAAUAACCUCAACAGUAUACUCAACACACUAGGAAACACAACAUGGACUUUGGAUCUUGGGAAUAACCCUAUAUCAUGUUCAAAAUGCGAAGCAAAACAAUUUAUCUACUGGUUAACACAUACAAACUCUGUGAGUAUUUCCACAACAAAUCUUGCUUGUACUACCUUAAAGAAUACAAGACGGAAAAUAGAUAAACGUACAUUGAAUGAUGUCAACAACAUUUGUAAACGGAGGGUCAUGAUUAUAUCAACCACUUUAUCUGUGGGAUUUACUAUUAUUAUUGUUCUAAUAGUCAUAUUGGUUGUAUACAAACGUCGUAAGCGAGCUACUAAAAGAAUGAAGAGAGGAGAAUUAGUAAACAGGCUACAAGAAGGUCAAGGUCAAAACGAAUUUGUUGCAUUUCUUUCAUACAGCAGUGAGGACAAAGAUUUUGUUGAUAACUUUUUGAUUGAUGACUUCAAUGAAACUCUCCAACAUAUGACCGGUAUAGACAGAAACUUGAUAUGUACAGGUGACCUUUAUCUGAGACCAGGUUUCAGGAUUUUGGACGAGAUAGCAUUGUGUAUGGAAAGAGCAUCGGCUUUCAUUGUGGUUGUGUCAGAUAACUACAACUCAAGUCGUUACUGUCAUAAUGAAUUAGAUAUGGCUUAUCGACUUCAAAAACCAAUAGUCCUUUUCAUUAAAGGAAUGGUUGAUGAGUCACUAAUGACGCCAGUGAUGAAAUCUCUCUUCAAAAGUAACGUCAGAGUACUUUGGGCUUUUGAAAGCCAGCAAUACACACUGAAGACUACAUGGGACAAUGUUUGUUCGUCUUUGUUUGAUUUGAUAAUACAAAAUCAAAAUAUUUGACUUCACGACUGAUUAGGUUUUUUUCAACAGAGUAUAUAGAAGAAGAUUGGGAUAGCAAUUCAACUUUAUAUACUGUAACUGUGGAUAUGACAUACCGGUAGAAUAAAGUUGUAAUCCAAGCAGCAUCUCUUAUUUUAUUGUUAAACAAUAUCUAAGUUCUUUUACUUCUUUUUUGGGCGGUAAGAUGCUGGUUUAAAAAAUGUUUUAUUAAACUUGCAGUUGUUUUUUUGCACUAGAUUUAUAUAGAAAAUCUUAAAAUUGACAAUUAAAUGUACUUUAAUGCUUUUGAAAACUUUUACGAAGAAAGGAAAGAGCGGUUGGUAACAGUGGGGAAAUACAGAAAUUUGAUAAAGCUAGGCUGUUUACAUAAUAAAUAAUAGAGGAGCAAACAAAAAUUAUCACACAAGCAUGUUAGCAUGUAGAAAAAAAACGUAGUCAAUGUUUAAAAUGAAUAUAGUCUUGAAAAGGAAUAUGUUGUUGAGGAGGACAAAAUUCAUUUUUUUGUUUCAUAACGUUAUAUUGUUACCAUUAUUUGCUCAUUACAUACCUUUUUUAAGUUUUCUUUAUUAUGCCCCCACAAUGUGGAAGCGUAUAGCGUUGCACUUGUCCGUCCGUCCGUCCGUACGUCCCGAAAUCUUGUGAACGCAACUCCUCUUAAACCGGAUGGCAGAUUUUGCUUAAACUUACAGGGAUGAACAACCUUAAUGUGUAGAUGGUAGUAAAGGAAGGAAUUUUCGCUGCGUCCAAAUUUAACAGAAUUAUGGCCCUUUGUUGAUUUUUUCACUAGAUCCUAUGUAGAAAUUUUGUGAACGCAACUCCUCUUAAACCGGAUGGCAGAUUUUGCUUAAACUUACAGGGAUGAACAACCUUAAUGUGUAGAUGGUAGUAAAGGAAGGAAUUUUUGCUGCGACAAAAUUUAACAGAAUUAUGGCCCUUUGUUGAUUUUUUCACUAUAUACUAUGUAGAAAUUUUAUGAACGCAACUCCUCUUAAACUGGAUGGCAGAUUUUGCUUAAACUUCCAGGGAUGAACAACCUUAAUGUGUAGAUGGCAGUAAAGGAAGGAAUUUUUGCUGCAACCAAAUUUAACAGAAUUAUGGCCCUUUGUUGAUUUUUUCACUAUAUACUCUGUAGAAAUUUUGUGAACGCAACUCCUCUUAAACCGGAUGGCAGAUUUUGCUUAAACUUCCAGGGAUUAACAACCUUAAUGUGUAGAUGGUAGUUAAGGAAGGAAUUUUUGCUGCAACCAAAUUUAACAGAAUUAUGGCCCUUUGUGGAUUUUUAGUUUUCAACUUGUGGCACAUGUAGUCCAAAAAAUAUUUGACCUAGAGUCAUAAGAUUGACAGAACAGUGGCGUGUGGGGGCAUCCGUGUCCUAUGGACACAUUUCUAGUUGGAUAUAAACUGCCGCACAUAUCAUAACAAUUAUCUGAUUGUAAAAAUACCACACUCAGUCGAUCAAUCUGAAAUAGGAUUUUGGUACUAAAAUUGAUAAAAAUGCAGUUCUAAAAGUACUUUUUAUUUCAAUUAUUUUUAUUGUCACUCUUCUCAACCACUUGAAAUUAAAAAAACUCCGUAAUUCGAAAUACAUGUAGCACGUUUUAUGACUAGAUUUGAGUAUGGACUUUUACAAUAAAAAUGUCAUAAAUAAAGCUGAAAUGGUCGCAUUCAAUAGUUAUAAUUUAACUCCUUUGUAUUGGUUAUGACAUUUAAGAUAAUAGCAUUAAAAUAAAAAUUUAGCAAAAACGUUUGAGAAAAAAAUUAAACAAAAAUGCUAUGUUUUAUAUUGUUAUAAUAGAACAUUCCGUUCGUUCAAAACAGAGGAACAUUUUUGAAAAAAAAAGAAGAAAAAAACCACAUCCGUUAGUGCGCUUUCUAAAUCGACAGAAAUGUGCCCAGUAGACAAAGGAUAUCGUUCAUUGCUCUGUAUUUGUUUUUCGCAAUUUUAGGUGUUCUUCUUUUUCAUAGUUUUUCAUAGUUUAGUUUUAAACUUGUAUUUAUUGCAUUAAAAUGUACUAGUAUUUCAUUCUUUUUGCAUAUUUUCGUUCAAUGGCUUAAAAGUGUAUAAAUAAAAACUAUCUAAUUGUAUGAAUGAAAACUUUCACAAAAUGAAAUUCAUUGAAAGUAAUUAUGAAAUAUACUGAACCAAAAAAGAAACUUAUGUGCCAGUUGUUCAAGGGUACCUCUUAGAUGCACACACUUAUAUAUACAUGAAGUAGCUUGUAAAACUCGUUUUGUUUGCAAAAUCGGUCAGCUAAUCCCCGUAAAAAAGCCCGAUAUGUUUAUUAGUUUCAAAAGGAUUGAAAAACUGUACUAACAUAUCUACAUUCAAACUUGGAGAAAGUUUCUUUUUUUUCAGUAUAUUGAUUUGAGUGUUAAGUCAAAAUGUUAGUGUAAGUGUAAAUUUUCAAACCUAAUUAUGUAUUGUCUCUGAAACUUUUAUCUGCUUCGUACUGCUGUAAUGAUGUGUAAAUACAUCUGCGGAUCUUUCUAAAUUCAAAAUUUCACCUUUUUUAUGUUUAAAUGUUGAAUUCUGGCAAAAUAAGCCGGUGCUAUGGGGCGCGGACGGUGCUAUGGGGCGUGGAAGGUAGUUUGCACUUUACAGUACCAUGAACAGACUCAAUCAAACCGAGGACUUUCCUUCAGACAUGUUAUGCUUCAGAAACGAAUACAUUUUACUUCUUUAAAAAGGGCAAACAUGAAUUUUAUAACAUUUAAAUAAUGAUUAAUGAUUUAAGAGUAAGUUAGAUGCUUGUAACCUGAAGAAAAUAGCGAUUAAUGUUAAAUAAUGUGUCAUAAAAAUAGCACAAUAUAAACAAAGUAGCAUUUGGACUUCCAUACAAAAUACUAAAUCACUAUUAGUAGCAGCAGAUGAAAGAAAUUGUUUAGGUAAUUGGCCAAUGACUAUUUUUUUUGGAAACUAUAAAAGUAUACCAAAAUAAAAAGCUUUUAAGAAAUAAAAAAUGCCUUUCUGUGUCUUAAUGGGAUUCUUAUUUUCUCUAUUUUAUACUGUAUGUAUAUAUAUAUAUACACACACGCACGCACGCACACACACCAUGUUUGUAUUAUGUAUGCUGCACUGGGUGUAUUUAGACAUCUCCUUAGUGCGAAUGCGAGAAAAUACAGACAGUUUGAAUGAGUAUGAAUCUUCUUUUUUCUAGUUUAAUGUUUACAGGAGCUUUUCUUACAUUGUAUUGCUUUUGCAUUGUGUCUAUAAAGAAAGUUGAGAUACAUUUUUUUGGAAAAGCAAUUUUCUUUCUUAGCGGUAUAUAUGCUUUCUUAUCAUUU